AUGACAGUGCCCAACGCCCCUCCAAAAGUCGUUCCAAAACGGCUGUUUUCUUCCGAGUCUCCUCGGCUAGAGGACUUCAAAAAGAUCUGUUCUCAGCAAACAGACAAGGCCACAUAUCCGCUAGCAGCGUCCGUGGAGAAGAACAUUCCCAUCUACGAUGCCGCUGCAUUAAAUCCGCUUCUUCCCAGCAUUGCCGACGAUCUUCAGGAUGAAUGGCACCACAUUCUCAAUGCGGGACCGGGGAUCUUUGUACUCCAGGGCAUGUACCAUCCCAGCCGAUAUGAGUCCACGCUCUCAUCUACUAGCGCUGCCUUCCAGCGCAUCGUCGACCAAGAACGCCAGUCCUCCACCACCGUCAAAGGGGACCAUUUCGCCGCCAGCGGCAAAAACGACCGCAUCUGGAAUUCCUUUAGCAAGCACGCCACCGAGGAUCCCGCCUCUUUCAUCGACUACUACUCCAACCCCUGGCUCCGUCUCGUCAGCGAGAGCUGGCUGGGUCCCGCGUACCGGGUAACCGCACAAGUCAACGUCGUCAAGCCCGGGGGCGCCGCCCAGGAAAGCCACCGAGACUACCACCUGGGAUUCCAAGAGCUGGACCGCUGCGCCGCCUUCCCCGGCAGCAUCCAGCUCACGAGUCAGUACCUCACGCUCCAGGGCGCGGUGGCGCACAGCGACAUGCCCCCGCAGAGCGGGCCAACGCGAUUCCUCCCCUUCAGCCAGACCUACGAGGUGGGGUAUCUGGCCUGGCGACGGGACGAGUUCCGGGCGUAUUUCAAAGAGAACUAUACGGCGUUACCACUGGCGCUGGGCGAUGGCCUGUUUUUUAACCCGGCGGUGUUCCACGCCGCGGGGGCGAAUGAGAUGGAGGCCCAGCCCGACAGUCCUGGCGGCGGGUUCCAUCGCAAGGCAAACCUGCUGCAGAUUAGCAGCGGGCUGGGCAAGACGAUGGAGAGCAUCGACACGGUCCCGAUCGUGGAUCGGUGCUGGGACGGCCUGGUCGAGCGGUAUCGAGCAGCGGGGAACACGCUGGAUGCUCCACUGGAGGCGUUUGUCCUAGCCAUAGCGGAUGGGUAUCCCUUCCCGACGAAUCUGGACCGGCGGCCGCCAGCGCCCAGUGGGAUGGCACCCGAGAGUGAGCAGGAGAUCGUGCGCCGGGGAUUGAGGGAAGGAUGGGGACGAGAGCGAGUGGUGGAGGAACUGAAGCGAAUGCAGUCGGAUUCCUGCGCUUGA